AUGUGCUUCUUUUUUUUUGGAGUUGAAGAUUUUAGCACUAAAGUUCAAGGAUACGAAAAUUUAUUUGUUUAUUGCCCUAUAUGUCAUAAUAUAUCUGUUACUCCUAUUAAUGAAAAAAAGUUCAUUACAAUUUGUUUUAUUCCUUUGAUACCAUAUAGUUGGGGAAAGGUUAUGCGAUGUUAUAUAUGCUCUUGGUUUCAAAAUACAGAUGAUGCUGAAAUACAAAGAAUCUCAAUUAUGAAAUAUCAAACCCCUAGUCCACAUAAUUAUGCUUAA